CUGUCAUUUCAGUAUGUUGUUUCUGUGCAUGACCUGACAGCCAGCCAUCCUGCACACGACCAAUUAAAGGUGCUAAAAAUUCAACUUUCUGACUGUUCAUCAGCUGAUAUUUCAUCCCAUUUCUCCCUGACGAAUCAGUUUAUCCAUAGUGCCAGAUUGAAACAUGCUGCAGUCCUUGUCCACUGUCUUGCCGGCGUUUCAAGGAGUGCGACUGUAGUAGCUGCUUAUCUAAUCACUGUUUGCGACCUGUCAUUCAUCAAUGCACUUUCGCUCAUUUCGCGAAAACGACCGAUGAUCAACCCUAACUUUGGCUUUCGGAUGCAGUUAUGCACCUACGCCGACCGACAUGCCGCAAAUGAACGACAACGUCUUCGAGAGCUUUUUGGAGCGUCGGCAUUCGAUGCGCAAUGGGCAGCUGAUCGAGAAGCAACUCGCUCCAAGGUUGGUCGUUCCGGCUGUGCCGUUGUAUGGUAA